UCGCGAGCGAAAAGGAAACAAAGUGGGCAGCGCAGGGUGCCGGCUGUCAGCGCGCGCCUCUCCUCUCUCUCGACGCUCACUCGCAUCCCGCGCCUUCACCCCGACAGAUGGAUAAGGAGCUCAGAGGCAGGUGAGGGCGGGGCUGCCACCAGCCCUGAACCCUCCUCCCCGGCCAGGCAGAGGGCCUUUCCCAGGGGUCUUGCACCAUCCCUGAGAGAUCUCCCUAGAUCUCUGCCUGUUACCUGGUGGGUGUGACUCACAGCUUACCUGCCCUUGACCUGAGGCAUGGCUCCAGCCACCUAGGAUGAGGCAUCCAAGUACAAUGUCAUUGUUGGAUGAAGGGACUGCAACCUGUAAAAGCUCGCAUCCCAGAAGCAGCAGAGCAGGAUGCCCCCCGGGGUUGACUGUCCCAUGGAAUUCUGGACCAAGGAGGAGAAUCAGAACGUGGCAGUGGACUUCCUGCUGCCCACAGGCAUCUACCUGAACUUCCCCGUGUCCCGCAAUGCCAACCUCAGCACCAUCAAGCAGGUGCUGUGGCAUCGCGCCCAGUAUGAGCCGCUUUUCCACAUGCUGAGCGACCCCGAGGCCUACGUGUUCACGUGCGUGAGCCAGACGGCCGAGCAGCAGGAGCUGGAGGACGAGCAGCGGCGGCUGUGUGACGUGCAGCCGUUCCUGCCCGUGCUGCGCCUCGUGGCCCGCGAAGGCGACCGCGUGAAGAAGCUCAUCAACUCACAGAUCAGCCUGCUCAUCGGCAAAGGCCUCCACGAGUUCGACUCCCUGCGUGACCCCGAGGUCAAUGACUUCCGCACUAAGAUGCGCCAGUUCUGCGAGGAGGCGGCAGCACGCAGGCAGCAGCUGGGCUGGGAAGCGUGGCUGCAGUACUGCUUCCCCUUGCAGCUCGAACCUCCAGCACGGAGCUGGGGAGCCGGCCCCCAGCCCACCCCGAGCCGGGCCCUGCUAGUCAAUGUCAAGUUCGAGGGCAGUGAGGAGAGCUUCACCUUCCAGGUGUCCACCAAGGACAUGCCCCUGGCACUGAUGGCCUGUGCCCUCCGGAAGAAGGCCACAGUGUUCCGCCAGCCCCUGGCUGAGCGACCCGAAGACUACACACUGCAGGUGAACGGGCGCCAUGAGUACCUGUACGGCAGCCACCCCCUGUGCCAGUUCCAGUACAUCCGCAGCUGCCUGCACAGUGGCCUCACGCCUCACCUCACCAUGGUGCAUUCCUCCUCCAUCCUGGCCAUGCGGGAUGAGCAGAGCAACCCUGCCCCCCAGGGCCAGAAGCCCCGCACCAAGCCGCCCCCUGUGCCUGUGAAGAAGCCCUCCUCCGUGUCGCUGUGGUCCCUGGAGCAGCCCUUCUGUGUGGAGCUGGUCCAGGGCAGCAAGGUGAAUGCCGAUGAGCGGAUGAAGCUGGUGGUGCAGGCUGGGCUCUUCCACGGCAACGAGACGCUGUGCAAGACGGUGUCCAGCGCGGAGGUGAGCGUGUGCUCAGAGCCUGUGUGGAAGCAGCGGCUGGAGUUCGACAUCAGCGUGCGGGACCUGCCACGCAUGGCUCGGCUCUGCUUCGCGCUCUACGCCGUGGUCGAGAAGGCCAAGAAGGCACGCUCCACCAAGAAGAAAUCCAGGAAGGCGGACUGCCCCAUCGCCUGGGCCAACCUCAUGCUGUUCGACUACAAGGACCAGCUCAAGACGGGGGAACGCUGCCUCCACAUGUGGCCCUCUGCCCCAGAUGAGAAGGGAGAGCUGCUGAACCCCACGGGCACCGUGCGUGGGAACCCCAACACUGAGAGUGCUGCUGCGCUGCUCAUCUGCCUGCCUGAGGUGGCCCCCCACCCUGUGUACUACCCUGCCCUGGAGAAGAUCCUGGAGCUGGGACGGCCCGGGGAACGGGCGCACGUCACGGAGGAGGAGCAGCUGCAGCUGCGGGAGAUCCUGGAGCGGCGGGGCUCCGCGGAGCUGUACGAACACGAGAAGGACCUGGUGUGGAAGAUGCGGCACCAGGUCCAGGAGCACUUCCCGGAGGCGCUGGCCCGGCUGCUGCUGGUCACCAAGUGGAACAAACAUGAGGAUGUGGCCCAGAUGCUGCACCUGCUGUGCUCCUGGCCCGAGCUGCCCGUGCUGAGUGCGCUGGAGCUGCUGGACUUCAGCUUCCCCGACUGCCAUGUGGGCUCCUUCGCCAUCAAGUCCCUGCGGAAACUGACGGACGACGAGCUCUUCCAGUACCUGCUGCAGCUGGUACAGGUGCUCAAAUACGAGUCCUACUUGGACUGCGAGCUGACCAAGUUCCUGCUGGACCGGGCCCUGGCCAACCGCAAGAUCGGCCACUUCCUCUUCUGGCACCUCCGCUCCGAGAUGCACGUGCCGUCGGUGGCCCUGCGUUUUGGUCUCAUCAUGGAGGCCUACUGCAGGGGCAGCACCCACCACAUGAAGGUGCUGAUGAAGCAGGGGGAAGCACUGAGCAAGCUGAAGGCCCUGAAUGACUUCGUCAAGGUGAGCUCCCAGAAGACCACCAAGCCGCAGACCAAGGAGCUGAUGCACCUGUGCAUGCGCCAGGAGGCCUACCUGGAGGCCCUCUCGCACCUGCAGUCCCCGCUCGACCCCAGCACCCAGCUGGCCGAAGUCUGCGUGGAGCAGUGCACCUUCAUGGACUCCAAGAUGAAGCCGCUGUGGAUCAUGUACAGCAACGAGGAGGCGGGCAGCGAGGGCAGCGUGGGCAUCAUCUUCAAGAAUGGGGACGACCUCCGCCAGGACAUGCUCACCCUGCAGAUGAUCCAGCUCAUGGACGUUCUGUGGAAGCAAGAGGGUCUGGACUUGAGGAUGACUCCCUAUGGCUGCCUGCCCACUGGCGACCGCACGGGCCUCAUCGAGGUGGUGCUGCACUCCGACACCAUCGCCAACAUCCAGCUGAACAAGAGCAACAUGGCAGCCACGGCCGCCUUCAACAAGGAUGCCCUGCUAAACUGGCUCAAGUCCAAGAACCCUGGGGAGGCCCUGGACCGCGCCAUAGAGGAGUUCACGCUCUCCUGUGCGGGCUACUGCGUGGCCACGUACGUGCUGGGCAUUGGCGAUCGGCACAGUGACAACAUCAUGAUCCGCGAGAGUGGACAGCUUUUCCAUGUGGAUUUCGGCCACUUUCUGGGGAAUUUUAAGACCAAGUUUGGGAUCAAUCGGGAGCGAGUCCCCUUCAUCCUCACCUACGACUUUGUGCACGUAAUCCAGCAGGGCAAGACCAACAACAGUGAGAAGUUUGAAAGGUUCCGGGGCUACUGUGAGAAGGCGUACACCAUCCUGCGGCGCCACGGGCUCCUCUUCCUGCACCUCUUCGCCCUGAUGCGGGCGGCGGGCCUGCCAGAGCUCAGCUGCUCCAAAGACAUCCAGUACCUCAAGGACUCUCUGGCGCUGGGAAAGACGGAAGAGGAGGCACUGAAGCAGUUCCGGGUGAAGUUUAAUGAAGCCUUGCGGGAGAGCUGGAAAACGAAAGUGAACUGGCUGGCCCACAACGUGUCCAAGGACAAUCGACAGUAGCGGCCCCUUGGCGGCUCCACGGCCGUCCCCAGGCUGACGGCCCCGCGGGAAGGGGCCUCCACAAAUGCAUUUUGUUUACACUGGUUAUUUAUUUUCUGACUUUAAACGCUCAAGGAACUGAACAGCCAUAACCGGAAACGCAUCCUCAGAGCCCCAGCUGCCCCGGCUGGAGCCCUUGGGGGCUGUGGUCACCUCAUGUCUUCCAAGGCUGGGUCUUGGCCCGGCAUCCCCUCUCCCUCCCUGCCUGGCUGCCUGGGUCUGGGCACCCAGCAGCCUCCUGGUGUCUACAGGGAGCCCCCCACCUCCGUGCCUCCUGCACAGAGCCAACCCUGGGCAGCUGGGGACGCUGGUGGCAGGCAGGAACGGGAUGGGGCACAGUCUCUAGAUUCAGGGAUGUCUGUCCUUCACUGAAAGUGACUCUUGGUACGGGGUCCCCCCCACUCUGCUGCAGUUGUAUUUGCAGGUUAGAAAGUUUACAACCCACCCACUUGCUGCAGGUCACUGGAAGCAGGUCACCCCUAAUCCCUCGCGGAGCACCCCGCCCGCUGCUGCCUGGGAGCACAGGUACAGGCAGCCGCAGGACCCGCUCUCGCCCAGAACCAGAGAACCUGCUGCCCGAGGCUCGCCAGGAGCUGGCAGCAUCUUUCCCUCCCACAGUGCCCAGCUUGGAGGGGUCCAAGCUUCAGCCUGGGCCUCUCACAGACGUGUGUGGGCCUUGGGAAGCCUACAAGUGACACUGCUGUCAAUGGCCACCUCCAGACCGCCCAGCGGUGCUCCUGGGCUCCCCAGUCUCCCCAGAUGGCAGAGCUGGUGCGAGGGCCUGGUGCCAGCCCCACCCGUGUUGGGCUCGGUGACGUAGGCUGCCCCAGGGCACCUGCCAACACUCCCCCCGCCCUGAUCUGUGCCGCACGGCGUCAGCCCAGCUGCGGGCUCUGUGUGUGUUUAUUUAUUGGACCCAAGCCGAAGGCCUGGCAAGCCCUUGGCAGUCUCUGUGCCACGUGCCUGGUGAGAUGCCCUCUCCCUCUUUUAUUAUGAUUAUUUUUUACAUUAUUUCAAGUUUCUGAGGAAGGUGAUGCAGCUGAGACCAACACUCUGAAAGCUCGCAAGGAGAGAAAGGCCGAUGAGAGGAAAUAAAAGCCUUUUUAUGUUCCUA